GCAGUAUAUAGAAGACGCAUAAAUCUCCCAAUUUCUCUCUAAUUUUCGCGUGCAAUUGUCCUCUUUCGUGCUUUUGUAAUUUUCCUGGAGAGAGAGAGAGCGGGAAUUCGAAGACUGAAGAGCUCGAAAAAAAUGGCGUCAUCGGCGGAGAACAGAGACGACGGCAAAGCUCCGGCCGAGCUCUCAGCUCCUGAGGGCUGGAAGAAGACGAUCUUGCCGAAAAAGAGUGGCACACCCAAGAGAAAUGCGAUAGUAUUUAUUUCUCCUACAGGGGAGGAGUUCAAGAGCAAGAGACAGCUGGAUCUGUAUCUCAAAUCUCAUCCUGGAGGCCCCUCGAGUUCUGAAUUUGAUUGGAGCACAGGUGAAACUCCAAGGCGUUCUAGAAGACUGAGUGACAAAUCAAAAGCAACGGAGUCACCAGAAAGUGAGUCUCCCAGGAAAAGGCAAAAUAAAUCAAGCUCGGGAAAAGUUGAAGAUGAUGCUGAUGGUGAGGAUGAGGCUGUUAAAGAAAAAGAUGAUGUCAAGGAAGAAAACAAGGCUAGUGGGGACGUGGAAAUGAAAGACGAAGAUGCAAAGGAUGUUAGCAAAGGAGAGGGGUCUUUUGAAGAUGCUGUUACUGCAGUGUCCGAUGACAAGAACACUGAAACAGAUCCAAAAUCUGAGGGAAAAGAUGUUAAAGGAGAUGAGAUAGCUGAGGAUCAAAUAAUUGAUAAUAAGACUACUGAUGGAAAGGAUGAACAGGUUGCUAAUAACUUAACAGCGGAAUCGGUGGCUAAUAAGGAGGAAAUUGAACAGCAAAAAGAAGCUGGAGCUCCAUUGGAACUGGAAUAUGAGAGAGCUGAUGAGAAAGCAAUUUCAAAUUCAGAGGAAAAGAUUGAGAGUGUCUCACUGCCGACACAAGAUCUAGAUGACGGCAAGGAAGGCGCUGAAAAGCAGCCUGCGGAGACAGAAGCACGAGAACCAGUGCAUAAUGAGAAAGCAUCUCUUGAAAAAGAUGGCAACCUCAAAGAAUCCCAAGAUGGGUCAAGACCGACGACUGCUUAUUCGAUCCAUCACGAAGAGAAGACGCCUCAUGAGCCAAAGGCAUCUCAAGUUAGCUGUUGAAACUCAUGUUAUUAUUAGUUAGGAUAUCUUACUGACAAUAGCAUGAUGCUCUGGUUAAAUUAGACUUAGGAUCUCUUCUCAGAUUCGGAUGUUAGCAGAAUGCCAUAUGGACCGCUUGAGUUGCAUUAUCGCUAUUUCUCAUCUUUUGGACAUUUACUAUGUUUUACACACAACUUGUGAAGAGAGAUCCAAUUCUUUAAGCCUAUGAUUUGGUUAUUUUGUUUAAUACUUGGUACUUGAUAUAUUUCAUUGUAACAACUUAUGCUACUCCUGAUCUUGCGGACUAUUAUGAAGUAUUAAUCCUUUGAUUUUA